UAUCACUCCUUAUAUCGCUUCAGAGAAAAGAAGUGUUCGCCAACAGAGGAGUCAAUGCAAAAGUGAAGAACCAACCAACAGUGGAAAAGAUCCCGAAGUGUGGCUCUUUGUGAGGAGGAACAUGCCAUAGUCAGUGAUGUUUGUGUGAUUGUGUCGUUUGUGUCAGAACCUUCUCUGAAGAUGAAGCUCUGCCUCUGUCUGCUUUACACAGCUCUGCAGGUCACUGUUGGUUGUAUAAUAUCUGAGCCUGAAGAGGAGACCAUCACCAGAUCCCCAGGAGAGUCUGUUCUCCUGUCCUGCUCCUGUACUGACCUGCAGACCACACCUGAUGAGAUUCAGUGGAGUUUUGCCAGUGAUGACAAGAAAUGGUUUCACACGAUGACUGGAGAUCUGAACCCAGAAGUAAAGAAGCGGUACAGUGGCAGAGUCCAGACAUUCAGUGACCGCUCUCCUGAAAAUGCAUCUCUGCUUCUGUCUAACCUGACUGAAGAGGACCAGGGAGACUACAUUUGUCAAAUUGAAAUGAAUACAAGAGAAGGAAUCAGAGUAAUCACACUCAUCGUAAAAAGAGAAGAACCUGGAUACGGCUGUAAAAUAUCUGAAGCUGAAAAUGAGACCAUCACCAGAUCCCCAGGAGAGUCUGUUCUCCUGUCCUGCUCCUGUACUGACCUGCAGACCACACCUGAUGGGAUUCGGUGGCGUGUCAUUGAUAAGACAGGAGGGUGCAUGUUGCUUGGAGAUCUGAACGAAGAAGAAAAGAAGCGUUACGGUGGUAGAGUCCAGACAUUCAAUAACAGUUUUCCAGGAAACAUGUCCUUACUUCUGUCGGACCUGACUGAAGAGGACCAGGGAGACUACUUUUGUGAGAUCGAAACCAAUAAAAAAGGAGGAUUCCGAUUAAUCACACUCAUUGUAAAAAGAGAAGAAGCUGGAGACGGUUGUAUAAUAUCUGAACGUGAAAAUGAGACCAUCACCAGAUCCCCAGGAGAGUCUGUUCUCCUGUCCUGCUCCUGUACUGACCUGCAGACCAAACCUGAUGAGAUUCAGUGGCGUGUCAUUGAUAAGACAGGGUAUUAUGUGUUGACUGGAGAUCUGAACCCAGAAGAAAAUAAGCGGUACAGUGGUAGAGUCCAGACAUUUAGUGACAGUUCUCCAGGAAAUGCAUCUCUGCUUCUGUCUAAGCUGACUGAAGAGGACCAAGGAAAAUACACGUGUGCGAGCGAAAGCAAUGAAAGUGAAGGAAUCCGAGUUAUCACACUCAUCAUAAAAGGCAAUUAA